UCAAUAAAAAGCCAGAGUUGCUUAGACAGGUCAGUGUGGCUGGAGGUACAGCUGUUGUCACAGGGCAGUUGUUGCAGUAGUCCAGGGGUUAUUAUGUGGUAAAUAAAGUCUGACUGAGACAGAAUGAUGGCGGAGGGAGUCGUGGUCAGAGUCGUGUCCUCUUUCUUCGGCCUCUUCAGGGCUGUGAUGAACUUUGUCACCAACGUGUUUCUAACACCACCGCUGAAAGCCACUCUCAAACAUUUGGAGGAGACUGAGCUGAAGACGUUGACAGGAGAACCAAUAACCCUGAAAGCCAAGUCUCUGUGGGACAAGUCUGGAGCUGUCGUCAUGGCAGUCAGGCGACCUGGAUGAUUUUUGUGCAGAGAGGAGGCUGCAGAGCUGUCCUCUCUGAAACCCCAGCUUGAUGAGCUUGGGGUUCCUCUCUACGCCGUGGUGAAGGAGGACGUGGGCACUGAGGUCCAGAACUUCAGGCCUUACUUCAAAGGGGAGAUUUUCCUGGAUAAAAAGAAGCGCUUUUAUGGACCCCGUGAGAGGAAGAUGGGUCUGUUGGCAUUCCUCCGUCCUGGGGUGUGGAUGAACGGCCUGAGGGCCUUUCAGAAGGGCUUCAUGGGAAAUGUUUUGGGAGAGGGAUUUGUUCUUGGUGGAGUCUUUGUGAUUGGAAGAGGAGAGCAGGGAAUACUUCUGGAACACAGAGAGAUUGAGUUUGGGGACAAAGUCAACAUCAAUGAUGUCUUCCAAGCCGUACGUAGAAUCCCGGUGGAACUUGUGCCCAUAGAAACAAAGUAAUUCUUUGUAUUAUGAAUUACAAACAACCAUAACAAAUGUCAAACACAGUUAAUCAUUUUUCAGACUUCAACUAAUCAGCAAUAUGACUUUAUUAGAAGUGUGUCAGUAAUGUACAGGGAGAGGUGCACAUCAGUCUUCACCAGUGUCAGUGUGGUGUGACGGUUGGAGGACCAGUGUGUUAAUGACGGUCUGUCUUUAAACUCAUUAGAGGAAGCUGGCCUGAUCUCAAACACUGUGUCUUUUUAUUCUUGCACCACACUGCUAAUUUUGGAGCUGAGUCACUGUUACCUGGAACUUAGAAUGUAAAAAAAAAGUUUCUGUGCACCACAGUGCUCUUUUACAACAUAAAAGGAAGUAACUGAUGCUAUGGCCUGCUGAGUGUGUGAUGCAAAUUAAGUUUCAUCUGUGUUGUAGUCGCAUGAUAUUUUUCUGGCUUUGCUAACAUUACCACAACUGAUUCAAUGAUUUACACGGUGAAUCUUUGUGUUGUUGCUUCUUCUCAAUCCUUUGAUUCUGGCUGCACAGUCAAGCCUUUGGUAGUAGGAGAAGAAACCAUGGGAGGUUUUGGUCUAGGUGUCAAACAAUAGUAAAAUAACACAACACCCAGCAUUUAAAAAAUAAAGUCUUUAUUCUUGA